UUAGCAGAAACCACAUGUGAUUAGUGAUUCCUUGGGUUCCUAAGCUCACCGCUAAUCACCUCGAUUAAGGCUAAUAAUCACUUCCGUUUUAUCUCAGAAUACACUGAUCACUUGCUUCAAGCUAGCCUUCAAUCGCUAUGGCGAAGUCAUCGUCUCUCGUGACGAAGGUUUUGGUGCAGCGGCGGCGGCGCGUUCACCGUUCUCGCCGUUCUCCCACCAAGCCGGAGCGCGCUGCCGCCGCCGACACGUUCGGUUCCCUCGCGGGUUGUCCCUCGUCGCCGGAGUAUCCGGUGGUGCCGGACUUGGACGACUGCGUCGUCGACACCGCCGUGGAUGACGCUCCCGUGGUGGCGGCGGAGGCGGCAGGCCGACGCGCGUCGGACGAGACGCUGGCGGUGCACGCCGGGGAGAAGCUCGGGAGCGGCGCCGCUGAGACGGACUCGAUCGCGACGCCGAUCGUGAGCGGCACGACGCACUGGUUCAGGGACUCGGCGGACCUCAUCGCCUUCCGGGAAGGCUGGCGGCGGAGCUUCGAGUACGGGCGGUACGGAAACCCGACGGUGAAGGUGCUGGAGGAGAAGAUCAGCGCGCUGGAGAGGGCGGAGGCGACGCUGGUGACCUCCUCCGGCAUGAACGCCAUCGUCGCCACGCUGCUCGCCCUCGUCCCCCCCGGCGGCCACGUCGUCGUCACCGCCGACUGCUACAGCGAGGCCCGCGCCUUCAUCCACGACAAGCUAUCCAAGAUGGGCAUCACGUCGACGUUCGUGGAUCUUGACGACGACAUGGAGGCGCUGGAAUCCGUUCUUGAUGAGGACGAGGUGACGAUGUUCUACGCCGACUCGAUGACGAACCCACACCUGAAGGUCGUCGACGUGGCACGCGUGGCGGAGCUGUGCCACCGGAGGGGCGCGCUGGUGUGCAUCGACAGCACGCUGGCGUCGCCCAUCAACCAGAAGCCGCUCGCCCUCGGAGCCGACGUGGUCCUCCACUCCGCCACCAAGUACAUCGCCGGCCACCAUGACGUCAUCGCCGGCUGUGUCAGCGGCUCAGAGGCCCUCAUCUCGAGGAUACGCGCGUGGCACCACGACCUCGGCGGCGCCAUCAGUCCGAACGCGGCGUACAUGAUCAUUCGGGGAUUGAAGACGUUGGCGCUGCGGGUGGAGGCGCAGAACAGGACGGCGCUGCGGAUGGCGCGGCUGCUGGAGAAGCACCCCAAGAUCGAGCGCGUCUACUACCCUGGGCUGGAGAGCAGCCCGUGGCACGGCGUCGCGACGAGGCAGAUGGCCGGCGCCGGCGGCGUGGUCAGCUUCGAGGUGGCGUCGGACAUGCGCGGCGUGAUGAGGUUCGUGGACGCGCUGGAGUUGCCGCUCAUCGCGACGUCGCUCGGCGGCUGCGAGAGCCUUGUCCAGCAGCCGGCCGUCAUGUCCUACUGGGGUAAGAGUGAGGAGGAGAAGGCGAAGAAUGGGAUCAAGGACAACUUUGUGAGGUUCAGUUUUGGGAUCGAGAAGUUUGAGGAUCUCAGGGAUGAUAUACUCCAAGCCCUAGAGAAGAUUUAAUUUUGGGCUAGCUAGCUUUCAGUACCUGAUCUAUAUUUCGGUUUUUAGGCACACAACUACAUUUUCUUUGGUCUUCAAUUCGAUUAAUUGAUCGUUUCUGGCUUCAUAGGAAGCUAAAGUGUAUAUACGACAAUUCUUUAAUUUGUACAAGUGCAAUGCAGAAAGAUAUAGAGGAUGUUUUUUUGCAAAGGUA